AUGGGUGAUAACUCCAUGUGUGGUGUUGUUGCUGCUUCUUCUGCAAAUUGUGUGUUUCUGAUUCUAUUCCAGGAUCUCAAGACUCACGAGACGAUUAGGAAUGGUAAACGGAUAGGGGGGUUAUAUUAUUUGACAUUGCCUUCUGCCUCAGUUGGUAUCGUGUCGUUAAUACUGUUCAAAGUUGCAGUGUCAAAGACAAUAACAAAUUUGGUUAUGGCAUCAUCACUUGGGACACCCAUCAUUUGGCUACCUUAA